CUACCUCACUCUCACUGCAAUGUCUUACAUGCACGAGCCAUUGCCAAUCUAUGGAGUCAUGGAGACAGCUCUCUCAUCUCGUUUGCUUUAUUCUUCUUCUUCUGCUUCUUGUCGAGAGUGCAGAGAGUAGAAGCUUGAGACGCGAUGGCGAGCGGCACAAGGUGAAGGCGUUGAGUCAUUUAGGCACGAGCUAUGAGACCUCUGAUCCGUACUACUACGCGGGUUCGCCAUUCUCGAUGCCUCCCUAUGGAGACGCCAUGGGUCCUGGUUCCUCUUCCGCGCAAGACUACCCUCCCUUUUGCAUCUACCCGCCGCUCACUCCGCUGCCGCCGACUAUGACUCCUUACCUCCCUUCCCCGCCGCCGCCGCCGUUGGAGUCCACCAAUCCGCCUGAGUUCCCCGUGCCAAGCCCGCCGGUCUACAUCCCCGGCCCGCCCGAGACGGUGCCGAUCCCGCCCGUGUACGAGCCCAAUCCGCCAACUGCUGUCCCCAGCCCAACGGGCUUCGUGCCGAGCCCGCCGCCGCCGAGCUUUACCAUCCCCGGCACGCCAGGGUUCCUGCCGUCCCCGCCGCCGCCGAGCUAUAUCGUCCCAGGCACGCCGGAGUUGGUUCCUUUCCCGCCGCCGCCGCCGCCGCCGCAGCCGAUCUACGUGUUCCCAACUCCGCCGGGUUUCGUGCCGAGCCCGCCGGAGUUCGUGCCGAGCCCGCCGGAAUUCGUGCCGGGGCCUCCUAUUUUCCUGCCUCCGGUGGUGUACCCGUCGCCGUUAGCUCCGCCGCCCCAGGUGCGCGGGCGGUGGUGCGUGGCGAAGCCGUCCGUGCCGGACCCGAUCAUCCAGGAGGCGAUGAACUACGCCUGCGGCUCCGGAGCGGACUGCGACUCGAUCCAGCCCAGCGGCCCCUGCUACGAGCCCAACACCAUGAUCGGCCAUGCCUCCUUCGCCUUCAACGGCUACUGGCAGCGGACCAAGGUCGCCGGAGGGACCUGCGACUUCGGGGGAACCGCCAUGCUGGUCACCAAAGAUCCAAGUUACGACGGCUGCCAUUUCAUCAUCUAUUGAAAGACUCGACGACAGUCUCAAGAAAAGUUCCAGGGAAAGAGCAAUUUAAGUGCUACAAUUUUCUCCCAAAUGGUUAAUUCAAAUUUGUUAGCCAUGUAAAAAAAACAAUUCUGGGUUAUUUUUCUCGGAUAUAGACAUUUUGAGAUUUAGAAGAAAGUGGAGAAACUGUGUGAACUGUCUACUCGAAACGAAAUUGCUCAGUUUCUUAUAGUUUUUUAUGUUCAGAAAUCACUAGUUAACAAUUGAUAUCAGCUAAAUUAUUGGUUCCUUCGUGUGUAUUUAAUAUUGUAAUUAAUCUAAAAAAAAUACUAGUACUUGGCGACGUGGCCUUACGCGUCUUUCAAUAUACCGGCGAAGCCGCGCAUCAGCGCUCUCCAGGUGCUCCGCCUCCAUUGGCCUCCGGAGGAGGCCUCGGUGUUGCGCUCGCAGCGGCGGCCGCGUCGCUUUCGGCGUUGGCAUCGGUGGCCCGGCGUUGUAACGACGACAGUGGGGGCGGUGUAGAAUCGUGUUCUAGUGGGGCAGAAAGGCGCACACGCGUCGUGAGGGAGAGCUUACUCUGUCGACAGCCGUGGCGUCACGUACCAUUUCCAUGCCCGGCAUACCACACUGCCUCGUUCGCAGGGAGUUCCGAAGUUGAUUGUAUUCAGCAUGAAUCAAUCUUUCUUUUCCCUUUUUUUAACGAAAAAUGGCAUACGAAAACAGAGUUGGGUUGGUUCCACGCAGUAGAUCAAUCGCAGGAAGCGACAAGCUGGGUCUCCCUAUCGUUCUCACUGAACUAACACGCACCAUGUUUUUUUCCCACCACCAUCUUAUCCACACACACUGCUCACCACUUCUACUAAUCUAGCCGCCCCUCUGUCUUGGACAUGUUGAAUGAUCCCAGGCCCCGCACCGCCGCCGCCGCCGCCGCCGC